AUGACUGACCACCAGGGCCCAGUCAUGACCAAAAGCACAAACUCUUUCAUAGCUCAGCCAGGAAAUUCGACCAGGAAGGAAAAUGGGAGGAAGCUUGUCACGGUCCUGUCCCGCCUCGCUUUAGAGAAGGACCUAUCUCUGCUGCUACGAAUCAGUGUCGAGUACAGCCUAGGGAUAUCCACCAAAUCUCGACAAUUGAGCGUCGGCGGUCGCCUGAUCUUCCUGAUGACCUGCUGGCAGCUCGGCCAGAAGGCUCGCUAUGAUGCUUGGACCGACAAGGCAGAGCGCUUUGUCGAGCAUAUCGAAACUGGCAUUCUCGACCGCGUUCUUGAGGACUAUGGCGAUCACCAUGUUCUGGCCUUCGACAAACGCCCGGAUCCGACCCCCAAUUUUGUAUUGUACAGGCGUCUGCUUCAUUCACAAUAUCCUGGGAACCACCCCCAGUAUUUCAAACUCUUUGACGUAGAGCUCUCCAAACGCAGAGCACUCAAGGCUGUCGAGCGAAUGACCGCCAGGAUCCCCAACCUACAGGAGACAGUGAUCAAGGAGGCAGCCAAGUCCCCGCACAAGGCGAGCCCAGUCCAAGAGGAGAUCAAGGCCAAGCGUGGAUCUCCGCGUCAAGACGACGAAGGCCCGGCCCGGAAGAAGGUGAAACGUCAGGUGGAACCUCCGAUGUCGUCGGCCGUCGCCCACAUGUAUGUGUAA